GUGAUCGUUCUUUAAGGGGGUUCAUAUCAGUGCAAGGGUGUGCAAUAGUGCAUUGAAUAAGGUAAACCACUGGAACACAGAAAUGAGGGAAGAGGAAAAUGAGGAGAAGAAGGAAGGUAGGAAAGCAAGGCUGGUUCAACUGGGACGAAAUGGAGCUGAGAAAAUGCUUGGUAAUGUCAAUGGACUGGUGCAGACUGUCCGGAACAAACAUGCCCAUCACAUUCCAACAGAGAAUCAUGAGAUAUUGUUAAAAGAUGAGAUGGAGUUUCAUCAAGCUGCAAAGAAAAACGAUGUGGAAACAAUGACCUCACUCAAAGAAAAAAGAGUGAAUAUCAAUGCUAAAAAUGUGCUUGAUCGGACCGCCUUACAUUUUGCGGUGGCAGGAAAAAAUUAUCAAGCCAUAUCUUAUCUUCUCAACCAUAAGGCGCGAGUUGAUAUUGCGGAUAAGUACGGGCUGACUGUCCUCCACCUGGCCGCAUGGUCAGCAGACCUAACAGUUGUGCAGAUGCUGAUCAAAGCAGGAGCAAGUCAGAAAUCCACAAAUCAGGAUGGAAUGAAUGUUCUUCAUUUUGCUGCUCAGAAUGAUAAGAAUGAUAUAGUAGAUUAUCUGCUGAAAGACCUGCAGUUGAAAGACUUAAACAUCACGGAUGAGAAAGGCAGAGAACCGUUUCAUCUAGCGGCUGAGAGUGGACACAUUAAUAUGAUCAAUAAUCUACUUUAUAUGGGAUUAUUCACAUCUAAAGAAGACAAGGAAGGUAACACAGCGCUACAUCUGGCUGCUGCUAAUGGUCAUGAUAUAGUUAUGAGGGUUCUGUUGGAGCAUUUUCAAGAAAAGGAUAACCCAAAUAAGAAAGGUGCCACACCAUUUUAUUUGGCUGUGGAAGGAGGACAUGAGGCUUGUGCUGAUCUAUUAUUGCAAGAUGGAAGCGAUAUCAACACUAUGAACCUGGAAGGAUACACGGCGUUACAUGUCUCCACAGAGAAGGGUUACUUAUCCCUGGUCAACUUCCUCCUUAAAAACAACUUCGAUUUCACACCAAACCCAAAUGAUAAGAAUACCCCCAUCCAUUUAGCCAUUCUUAAUAAUCAUAUGGAUAUAGUUGAUGCUCUCAUGGAAGCUGGCUAUGAGAUUAAUGCAAUCAAUGUGAGGCGGCAGACUCCUUUGCAUUUAGCAUCUGAGCUCAAAAACACUGAUUUGGUGGAAAAGCUUCUUAAAAACCGCUGUGACCUUAGGAUUGCAGAUAAGCAAGGUAAGACAGCACUUGAUGCAGCAGCGAGAAGCAAUCACACCCUCAUUGCAGAUAUGAUCAUCAAAGCUGAAAGACAUUACAUGUGGAUUGAGAGUCUUAAAGAAGAUGACCACCAAGAGGAGCCUCUGACAUUUAAACAAGAUCACUCAUCAAAGACCAGUCAGAUCCGCUCUGCUCUCUGGAAUUUAGCGUACCAGCAACUGAAGCCUGAUGAAUGGAAGAAGUUGGCUCAGUUUUGGAAUUUCUCGGAACAGCAGAUUAAAGCCAUUGAGAUGCAGUGGACAGAUAAAUUCAGCUACAAGGAGCAUGGUCACCGCAUGCUACUCAUAUGGCUGCAUGGCAUCUUAUUAAAAAAACAGAAUCCAAUAAAGUCUUUAUAUGAAGAUCUGGUAGUGUUGGGGCAUCACCAAAUGGCAGAAAACUUCAGAGUACAGAGCAGCGAUGGUGUGCAGCCCAAGAAGUGCACGAUUUCCUAACACUGGGUGAAACUGAAAAACAAUGGAAAACAAAGACUGCACCAAAGCAAUGACAUCACAUGGUCACCAGACAUUGGUUCUUGCACAUACACUGAUCAGCCAUGAAGUAAAACCACCUGCCUAAUAAUGUAUAAGCCACAAAAAGAAGUCUGAGACCCAUUAAGACAUGGACUCCACAACUAAAGGUGUCCCGUGAUAAGAAACAAGACAGAAGUACAUCCUUAAAGUCUCCUAAACUUUGAGGUGUGAUCUCCAUGGAUCGGACUCAUUUUUCCAGCACAUCCCACAGAAGAUCAAUCGGAAUGAUAUAUGGAGAUUUUGCAACACCUUGAACUCUUUGCCAUGUUCUCCCAAAACCAUUCCUGAACAGUUUUUGCAGUGUGGCAGAACACAAUAUCCUGCUGGGUGAGGACUUCCAUUAACGAUUACCACUGCCGUGAAGGAUGGCACUUUGUCUGUAACAUUCUUUAGGAUGAUGACACGUGUCACAUACACAAGACCCAUCAGAGAAUUCCCCAGAGCAUCACACUCUCCCCGCCAGUAGGCCUCCUUCCCAUAGUGCAUCCUUGUGCUAUCUUUUUCCAGGUAAGCGACACACA